CUCCCUGCUCCCCGUGCUCCUCCAGUCCUGACAGCGAAGCUCAUCCUCAACAGCCGCUGGCCACGGGCAGUCAUUCAUAACACCAUGGAGAGCCUGAGCACUCUCUUUCUAACUGCUGCUGUCUGCUUGCUCUGUCAAGGCUGCGGCGGCUCCGAGGCCGAGCACCGGCUCUACGCGGCCCUCUUCGAGAGCUACAACCAGUUCGUGCGCCCCGUGAAGAACGUGUCGGAUCCCGUCAUCAUCCAGUUCGAGGUGUCCAUGUCGCAGCUGGUGAAAGUGGACGAAGUCAACCAGAUAAUGGAAACCAACUUGUGGCUGAAGCACAUCUGGAAUGAUUACAAGCUUCGGUGGAAUCCAGCAGACUAUGGAGGUGCUGAAUUCAUCCGAGUUCCAUCUGGCCAGAUCUGGAAGCCAGAUAUUGUUUUAUACAACAAUGCAGUUGGGGAUUUCCAGGUUGAUGACAAGACAAAGGCCCUUUUAAAAUACACGGGUGAUGUGACAUGGAUACCUCCAGCAAUAUUUAAAAGUUCAUGUAAAAUAGAUGUAACCUACUUCCCAUUUGAUUAUCAGAACUGCACCAUGAAGUUUGGUUCCUGGUCUUACGACAAAGCCAAAAUUGACUUAGUUCUAAUUGGCUCUACAAUGAACCUGAAGGAUUACUGGGAGAGCGGAGAAUGGGCUAUAAUUAAAGCUCCUGGGUAUAAACACGACAUCAAAUACAACUGUUGUGAAGAGAUAUAUCCAGACAUCACAUAUUCUCUUUACAUUAGGCGUUUACCUUUGUUUUACACUAUCAAUAUGAUUAUUCCCUGUCUGCUGAUUUCUUUUCUGACUGUAUUAGUUUUCUAUUUGCCCUCAGACUGUGGUGAGAAGGUGACACUCUGCAUAUCAGUGCUUCUCUCUUUAACAGUGUUCCUUCUUGUUAUCACAGAAACCAUACCUUCUACUUCCCUGGUAAUUCCCCUUAUUGGGGAAUACCUCCUUUUCACCAUGAUCUUUGUUACUCUAUCUAUUGUCAUCACAGUAUUUGUACUCAAUGUGCACUACAGAACACCCAAGACACACACAAUGCCUGUGUGGGUGAGAACUAUUUUCUUGAACUUACUUCCCCGGAUCAUGUUCAUGACAAGGCCUACCAGCGAUGAGGAGAAUAAUCAGAACCCAAAAUCAUUAUUCACUUCUGAGUUUUCAAACUUAAAUUGCUUCAACAGUUCUGAAACCAAAUGCUGCAAAGAUGGCUUUGUUUGUCAAGAUAUGGCAUGCAGCUGCUGUCAGUGUCAGCGCACGAAGUUCUCGGAUUUCAGUGGCAAUCUCACUAGAAGUUCAAGCUCUGAGUCUGUGGAUCCUAUGCUUUCAUUUUCAGUUCUGUCACCAGAAAUGAGAGAUGCUAUUGAAAGCGUGAAAUACAUUGCAGAAAAUAUGAAAAUGCAGAAUGAAGCAAAAGAGAUUCAGGAUGAUUGGAAAUAUGUUGCCAUGGUCAUUGAUCGUAUUUUUCUAUGGGUUUUCAUCCUGGUAUGUAUUCUAGGAACAGCAGGAUUGUUUUUACAACCUCUGAUGGCUGGAGAUGAAAUGUAA